AUGGCUGCUGCUUUUGCUCUCGCCCUACUUCUCUUCUCCUUCACCGCCAUUCCUUCAAGUGCUAAUUGGUGCGUUUGCAAAGAUGGAAGUGAUGCAGUUUUGCAGAAAACCUUGGACUAUGCUUGUGGAGCUGGAGCUGACUGUAACCCUCUCCAUCAAAACGCUCCUUGUUUCCAACCAAACACAGUCAGAGCUCACUGCAGCUACGCUGUGAACAGCUACUUCCAGAAGAAAGGUCAAGCACCAGGAACUUGUGACUUUGCAGGAACAGCCACUCCUGUUGCAUCUGACCCAAGUGUUAGUGGCUGUGUCUUCCCUUCAAGUGCCAGUGGUGCAGGCACUAGCACAACAACCCCAUCAUCAGGCACCACUACACCCUCCAUGGGAACCGGCACCACCCCAUCCACAAGUACCGGCACCGGCACCAGCAGUGGUAUGGGCACCGGCACUGGCAGCGGCACCGGCACGGGCACGGGUACUACUCCAUACAACACAUCUCCAGGAGUGUUAGGAGGUAUUGGAACUGGUAUGGGGCCAUCUGGAUCUGGAGGAAUGAAUGAUGAUAGUCAUGGUGGGAUUAGACUUUUGGACACUAGUUUCUUAUCAAUUCCACUUUUCUCUAUUUUCAUUAUGUUUUGGUAG